AUGGAGUCGGAACCACUAUUUGGAGAGAGAAGAACACAAACCAAAGCUUUUGAAUGGAUUGUUGGUCUUGGUGUUACCUUUUUCACAAUUUUUUCAGUUGCAGUUGGCGUUUAUUUUGGUAUAAAGACAGCUCCAAGAUAUUUAGUGUUGGUGGUUUCAUUGAUAUUUGUAUUCCUUUCAACUGCUUUAUUAAUCAAAUGGUACAGAGACACUGAUGAUAUGAUUAAUCCAAAGUUUAAGUGGUUGGUUGCUUUAUUACUUUUAUGCACUAUUUUGGUUGGUAUUGCCGUCAAUGUUUCAGUUUGGGCUAAGCUUCCACCCCCACAACCAGUAUGUAAUGGAUUAUAUUUAACAAGCAGUCAAACAUGCAUUCCAUACUAUAACAAGACUGCAUGUGCUGAACCAUUGGGAUGUUAUCAAAUCGAUGUUGGGGCAAAACAAAUUACAUGUAUCAGUUGUUACCCAUCAUGUGGUAGUUCUGAAUCUAGUAGCAGCGAUGCUCCAGUAAACGGUACACAUAAUGGAGAAAUUUUAGAACUUGAUGUCGUUUUCUAA